AUGACCAAAGACCUUUCACCCCCAGCUACACCACCUACUUACAGUCCAAUACCUCAUCGUCUUCAUCUACAUACAGAUAUUGAACAUGAACAUGAACAAGAACUUGUUCAACUAAAAAGCUCCUUUUUGCUCCUAACAGCCCAACAAAAACAAUACUUUUUAAACGAUAUCAUAGCCAACUGUUGUGAUAAUUCCCAACUUACAUUUCUAAACAGCAUUAUUGCCCCACGCCUAAAAGUAGACUUCUUAAAGCAAUUACCACCAGAAAUAGCACUUCAUAUCUUAUCUUAUAUUCAUUCACCAUCUACACUCACCCGUGCUACUUGUGUAUCCAAGCAUUGGUAUCAUCUUAUUCGUGACCAUGAUACACUAUGGAGAUCACUAUGCAAAUUCUAUCAUUAUAGGACUGAGAACAUCAGUUGCUAUAGAGACUACUUUAAACGCCGGUACAGUAUUGCAUGUGCCUGGAAACAAGGUGGCAAGAUCACGACCAUUGACGGUGGAUUUUCUCAGGGCCUUGUUACCUCUUUACAGUUUGAUGAACAAUUCACUGUGGUGGGUUGUGAUAAUCAUCGUAUUGAAGUGUUUGAUACAAAGUCAGGCAAAAAGAUCAGGACAUUAGAAGGACACGAAGGUGGUGUAUGGGCAUUGCAGUUUAAAGGAGGUGAUGAACAUGAUCCUGAACGAGUCUUGCUUUCUGGUGGAUGUGAUAGAGAUGUUCGUGUAUGGGAUCUAGAUCAAGGUAAAUUACGCUAUGUCUUGCGUGGUCAUUCCUCUACUGUCAGAUGCCUCAAAAUAAGAGACAAGCGGAUUGCCAUCACUGGUUCACGUGAUACAACGCUCCGAGUCUGGGAUAUAAAACGGGGUGUAUUGCUGCAUGUCUUACAAGGUCAUCAAGCCUCUGUUCGGUGUGUGGAUGUUCAUGGUGAUAUCGCUGUCUCUGGUUCGUAUGAUUCCACUGCCCGUAUAUGGGAUAUCAAGACAGGCAAAUGCAAGCGUGUCUUACUAGGCCAUAUUUCUCAAAUCUACACGAUUGUGACGAAUGGUACGAUCAUUGCCACUGGUUCUAUGGAUGCUCAUAUCCGUAUCUGGUCUGUUGAGACAGGCGAGUGCCUUGCUACUCUUCAUGGUCACACAUCGCUGGUAGGCCAAUUACAACUAUCAGGUACAACAUUAGUGAGUGGGGGUGCAGAUGGUUGUUUGCGUGUAUGGGAUAUGGAGACAUUUGAAUGCACUCAGCAAUUCUCAGCACACGAUAACUCUAUCACUUGUCUUCAGUUUGACGAAAAUCAUAUCUUGAGUGCUGCUAAUGAUGGCAAAGUCAAAUUAUGGGAUAUUAAACGCGGCAGAUUACUAAGACACUUUACUCAACCCUCAAAAAUUGUCUGGAAGAUCCAGUUCAAUAGUACAAAAGCCAUCGUAUUAAUGCAAAGACAACGACCUGAUGGCUCAGAAGAAGGGAGAACAGUGAUGGAAAUACAUGAUUUUGAUUCGUCUACUUUAUGA